GACGAGUGAUUGUUGAGGGGAGAGCUCCUGCCCCUGCCCUGUGCUCUCUCCCAGUCCCUGUCCCUGUGGUUGCAGGCAUCCAGCCGGCGCUCUGGAGCAGGGAGGACGUGUUGCACUGGCUGCACUGGGCUGAGCAGGAGUACUCUCUGCAGCGCACUGGGGAGCAUGGGUUUGAGAUGAACGGCCGAGCCCUCUGCAUUCUCACCAAGGAUGACUUUCGGCUUCGUGCACCUGGUUCAGGUGACGUCCUGUAUGAGCUGCUUCAGUACAUCAAGACCCAGAGGCAAGCCCUAGUGUGUGGACCCUUUUCUGGAGGGGCCUUCAGGCAGAAGACGCCCACUCAGCACUGCCUCUGCCUCCUGGAAGAGGGGACUGGGCCCCCUCAGUUGGCCCCCCGAAGGGAUCUCCUGCAGCAACCAUCACACCUGGGGCUUGCCAGCUCCUUGAGUCCCUUGGCCAAGGGGCCCCUUGGCAGGGAGGUGUCCCUCAACGUUUCUCACUGUGCGGAGCUGGGCUGCAGGGCUGAGGGAUCCUGCUCCUUCCCCACCAUACCGCAGGCCCCCAUUGAUGGCAGGAUCGCUGACUGCCGGCUACUGUGGGAUUACGUGUAUCAGCUGCUCUCGGACGCCAGGUACGAGCCCUACAUCAGGUGGGAAGACAAGAAUGCCAAGAUCUUCAGAGUUGUGGAUCCAAACGGGCUUGCCAGACUCUGGGGAAACCAUAAGAACCGGGUGAACAUGACCUAUGAGAAGAUGUCUCGUGCCUUGCGUCACUACUAUAAGCUGAACAUCAUUAAGAAGGAACCCGGGCAGAAACUCCUGUUCAGAUUUCUGAAGACACCUGGGAAGGUGAGCCAGGACGAGGACAGCCGCCUGGAGCAGCCAGAGAGCCAGGAGCAGGACAGGAUGGAUUUCAAGGAGGAGAUGCUGGAAGUCUCUCCAUGAGGGGCAGGAGGAUUCUGGGCACCAAGCACUGAUGGGACAGAAACUGUCUCCCUUGAAGGCAGCUAGCUGCCUGGUGGUCUCCACCUUCCUCACGGAUCAGUAGGGAUCCCCAGCGGGUUUUGCACUCAUGAGAUCAUAACCAUUGUCUCAGACCUCAAAGCUGCCUGGGCACCUGGGAGGCUGAGAACGGGGAAGCCUCACAUUCUGGACACUGUGGGGGGCAUCGUUCUUGGGUAGGGUAGCACUGGGGCUCAGUGGGGCACGGGGAGUGAACCCUCUCUCUGCCCUACCCCUUGCUACCUGCGCAGCUUGGGAGCGGUAGCGGGGGGCUGAGAGAACAACCAGCCCAGCUCCUUCAACUUACAGAAGAAGGUAGCCGAGGCCCCUCACUGAGCCUUAGCUCUUUCCUAAAAGGGACAUCCUCCUGAAAACCCCCGCUCUGGGGGCUGACGCUGGCAUAUGGGAGAAAGGAGUCCCCUUCGUCGGUCUUAGUAAUAAGAUCACAAUGUUAACUGACAUUUAAGUGCUCACUGUGUAGGACCCUUAGCUCACUUGUGCUAAGGGUCCUACACAUAUUUUAUCUCAUUCCAUUCACACGCCAAACCCCUGAGGUUUAAAGAUGGGGAAACAGAGGCAAGGCUUGCAGAGCUGGGAUGUCUCUCCAGAACGCAGUGCUGUUCCUUGGCUGGUUGGUUGGUUUUAGUGACUCUGCAUGGAUGGGACACUUCUCAAGCCAAGGUCAUGGCCCUGCCUCUCUGCCCUCGGCAUCUCUGCUGAAUGGUUCACCUCACUUGGCCCAACCUUCUUUCCUGUUUUCAGUCCUUUGUUGAUGUUGUGACUAUGACCCAGUGGGGAUCGCCACGGCCCCCUGCACGUGGCCUCCUGUGCUCCGGGACCUGCACCUGCUACGUGACCUUGGGCGGGUUGUUGUCCCUUCUCAGGAGCCUCAGGCUUCCCGCCCGUAAAAUGCAGAUGCUAUUCCUGACCUGACCUCACAGGAUUGCCAGAAAUCUCCGUAAGACAACAUUGGUGACAUGCUUAGCGUGUGCCUGCUCUGUAGGAAGCACUUAGUCCGUGUUCAUGAAGAACACUCUGCAAACCCAACUGCCCAAAAGCGUGAAAGUGCCCCUGGGCUAUUGGUUCAGUUUCUCUUCUCCCUGAUGCCCCAGGAGUGGCUGGGGCCUCGCGAAGGGGUCAGAACCUCUGCCCUGUGACCCUUCCAGUAAGGUUUGGGGGAGAAAGGGAAGGGGGUGUUUUCACUUCAUUGAAAAGAGAACUUCUUGGAUUCACAUCUUCUUUCUGGGCAGGAAGAAACCUCUGCCGCUCGCCCCCGGGAAGGUCAGGAAAUUCCCCCGUCUGGCGGAGCCUGAGCUGGCUCUAAGUCACUGUGCAGAAGCUGAUAAGGAUUCCUGGACUUGGGCACUCAGAGCUGUGACCACUCCUAAGCAGUGCUUCAGUCCUGACUGAGUCCCGCCCCGGGCCCUGGACACUUCCAUGCCAGAGCGGCCGGGCAGGUGACCUUGGCAUAAAGGCUCAGUACGAAAAUCCUUGGUCCCUUUCCUCUUCCUCGAAACUGUUCCAUCUCCUUUGACUUUGGUCCAGGAUGAACCCGUGCUCCCUAGCUUUUCUCAGCAUCUCUAACCCAGAACUCCACAACUGGACUGGGAAAGACUGUCAAAAUCCAUUCAUCCAGUCUCUUCUCUUAUUGAUAAGGCCACUGAGGCCAGAGACUGGCUCAAGACAAACAGCCCAGCUCAGCCUGGUGGACUCUUCAUGCUGCCUCAUAAGUCACUUCUUCCAGGUACGACAUUGGCAUUGGCCUGACAUUCGUUACUGGUUGUCAAUAACUGUGUAUCCCAGGGAAUAUGUCUUCACCCGGGGUGAUGAAUGUCACCCAGCGCUGGGGCCACUGGGACCUGGGCUUGGGCAGAGUCUACCACCCCAGAGCCCGGAUGCCCGGCCUCCCCACUCAGCCCCGGGGGGAGUCCACCCUUUCUCAUCUCCCCAGGCACGUUAGGCUCGGGUCUGGGAUGUACACCUGGGUGCCAGGUAUAAAAGGAUUCAUCUAGCCCUUCCCUCUACCAGUAUUAAUGGUCCACUUGCUGCCUACGUGGCACAAGGUGAAGCUCUGGGUUUACAACCAUUUUUUGACACAGAUUCCUGAAAAGUGGUGGGUCACUGAAAACAUGUCAAAAUGGGCUUCCUCACAGAUCAUUUUAAAAAAGCAGGAUGUAUAUAUUCUCAUGAUUUGCAAAAGUAGCCAGCCAUGUCUGUCUCUUAUUUAUUUAUUUUUUGCCAGAAGU